AUGGCGACACAUCAAGAGCAUGAUGCUCCCUCAGUGGACAAUGCGACAUCAUAUACAGUGGAAUCCGAUAACUCUACACCGGCAGUAAGCGAUCAAUUCACGGGCGAUCCUGAAAAGGGCAAGGAAACAGGCGACACGGGUAUCAUGGAGUCGCACGAGGUCAGCGCAGAGGCUAUGACGGAGAAAUCCAAUGCGCCUCCGGCUGGACCUCCUGGUAUUGGUCCACCACCAGAUGGAGGGCUCCAUGCCUGGAUGACAGUCUUGGGGGGCUUCUGCGGUCUAUUUGUCAGUUUUGGCUGGAUUAACUGCAUUGGUGUCUUUCAGACAUACUAUGAAAGCAAUCAGCUCAGCAACUUCUCUCCCAGUACGGUAGCUUGGAUCACCUCAGUGGAGACUUUUGUCAUGUUCUUCGCAGGCCCAAUAUUUGGAACCCUUUUUGAUAGCUAUGGCCCACGAUGGAUUCUACUAGGCGGAACCCUUUUACACGUUUUCGGCCUUAUGAUGACCUCUCUCUCCACUGAAUACUAUCAGUUCAUUCUUGCGCAAGGUAUCUGCAGUGCACUUGGCGCAAGUGCUGUUUUCAACGCCUGCGUAAACUCGGUCAGUACAUGGUUUGCAAAGCGCCGCGCUUUCGCCCUUGGUGUGAUGGCUGCUGGUUCGAGUUUGGGUGGUGUUAUUUUCCCAAUCAUGGUCUCGCAUUUGAUUCCCGAGGUUGAUUUCCCGUGGGCUAUGAGAAUUUGCGCGUUUUUGAUUCUCUUCAUGCUUGGUAUUUCCAACCUGACUCUCAGGUCGCGACUGACUCACACGAAAAAGCCCGUUCACCUUAUGAACUUUGUCCGGCCACUAAAGGAUAUUAAAUUCGUUUUAACGGUUGCGGCUUCCUUCUGCUUCUUCUGGGGCAUGUUCUUGCCUUUCACUUUUGUGAUCACUCAGGCUGAGGAGUAUGGCAUGUCGUCCAACAUGUCGCAGUAUCUUAUUCCAAUUUUGAACGCUGCCAGUAUCUUCGGUCGUACCGUUCCGGGCUACCUAGCAGAUCGAGUUGGACGAUACAACGUCAUGAUUUUCUUCAGUUAUUUCUCUGGCAUUCUGGUGCUAGCCUUGUGGCUUCAGUCCCGUGGAAAUGCCCCAGCAAUCGUGUUCUGUGCCCUUUACGGCUUCGGUUCCGGUGCAUUUGUGUCGCUUGCGCCGGCAAUCAUUGCCCAGAUUUCCGACUUGCGUGAGGUCGGUGUUCGUAACGGCACUUGCUUCUCUAUCAUCUCCUUUGCGGCUCUCACUGGUACCCCUAUUGGUGGAGCCCUUGUCCCAAGUGUGUUGACCGAUUCUUAUACAAACCUGCAAAUUUUCGCAGGUGUGACCAUGGUGGCUGGAGCGACGUUGUUUGUGGUUGCCAGAAUCGUGGUGGGAGGUGUCAACUUCAACAAGAUAUAA